CAACUGACAGUGACAUUUGUUAUUAAUUUGCGAUCUCGAAUUUGUUACGUAAAUUCACCCAAAUAUUUCAGCGAUUUUCCCUUGAAUAAAACAAAAAAAGAAGGGAGAAUGUUCUUCGACAGAAUCUUCCCCAAACUGCUGACCGUAAAGGCUCAGGACGCAGACGAGGAGGCCGAGCUGGUGGACCCCCAGCAAGUUUUGAGGGAUCAAUGCAGGGAAACCGAGCACUGCAAACAUCUCGCUGAAAAAUAUCAGGCCUGCAACGACAGAGUGAACUCUAGAAGCCAAACCACCGAAACCUGUGUCGAGGAAUUGUUUGAUCUUUUGCAUGCAGUAGAUCACUGCGUUACCAAGGAUUUGUUCAGCAAAUUGAAGUAGAUUUAAUCAGGGGGAAACAUUUGAUGUAGUGCUCUUACUUUAUGGUCCACUUCCUAAAAUGGGGGUGUUUAACAAUAGGUUUAUUUGUAUGUAUUAUAUUUGCCCAUUAUUUGUUCUAAUAAAUGAAUAAAUCGUU